AUGUCUGACCGAGGUCGCGGCAUCCCGGAGGAGGAGCUCUUCAUGAGCCGCCCAGCCCGGGAAGACGGCGACAGCCCUACCAUCGAACCCCUGAGAAUCUUCAAACCUCAGAGUCCCAGGCCGGCCGCGGAUAAGCCGACCGAUCGCUUCAAAUAUCCUUACCCUGUUCCGACCUCCUCGGCGGCCUCCUCCUCCAAGCCAGCUUUCCCACUGCCGCCAGGCGCAUCCAGCUCUGCUGCGCCUUUGCCCUACCCAGAAGAUUUCGAAGACCGAUUCACCUCUCAGCCUUCCCGUCCAACGUAUACCUCGGACAGUCGCAAGUCUUCGGCUGCGUCAGGCAGGGUGUACGGCUCGGGAGGGUCCUCCAGCCCUGCGCCAGGGAGCUACAACGAUAUUUCGCCCCGCCUCAACCUCAGUCCUGUUAGCGAUAGCCGUCCCGGGCUCGCAGAGAGAAGAGGUACUGCUCCUAAGCCUAUCACGAGCCCUACGAGUCCUGGUGGUGACAAGGACGAGCUCUUCGCGAAGCCUAUAAAGAACCAGCAGAAGGCAUCCUCAACGUGGCAGAGCAAGCCGUACUACCCAGCACCGCCCGAGAGCACCAACUCUUCCGGCUCAGGUUCCAGCUCUCAUACCGCAAAUGCACAUGCUCAGUACCAGGACUCGAAUCAGUUGGCCAUGCCGUACGAUGGGAUGAACCGCUUCCCGUCUACUGCCUCGAAUUCCACCACCAAGGCCAGCAGGGGCUCACCUCCCCCACCUGAAACCCCCAUCGUUGAGCCAGGGAAUAUACCGGGCGGCGGUAUCGAAGCCCGGUAUGCGGCCGCCGGCAUAUCUGGCACCGCGACUCUGAACGCACUGCAGGCGCAGCAGGCGCAGAGCGCAGCAGCUUCGCAGCGUCUGGCUCAGUAUGGCGGCCAUCAGCCACAGCAGCCACAGCCCACGCGACCCUGGACUCCUACUGAUCACCAAAAUACACACGAUGCCCCUACAGUAUACCAAGGGUCUGCUCCUGUGGGCAGUCCACCACAGGCCGCUCACCCUGCCCAGCCUCGUCCGGGUGCCUCAGGCGACGGGCCUGCACUUCAAGUGAGCGUCUUGGAGCAGGACUUCCAGCGCAUGCAAGCAUCAACGCCACCCCCUGCGUACACCAGUCUAAACUCUGGUGGGUCAUCUGGCUAUCCGGCGGAGAAGCAGAGGCCUGCAGCUGGAAGACAAAGCAGUUCGAGCUCUGCUACUGCUCCUCAGCAGUCCGCUGCCGCAGCUUCUACCCCAGCUCCAAGCGCUUCUGCAGGCCCGAGCGACGGGAAGAGGCCGACCAUCUCAACCACGUCUGUCGCUGCUGCCGGGCUAGCUUCUCCCGUGACAGCGCCGCACAAUGCGAACCAUCCAGCUUUCGCGAACGACCCAAGACCGGCAAGCAUCCAGAAUGGGCAACCCGCCUUGCAGCACACACCGUCAAUACUCACUCAGGCGCAGUCGCCUCCUCCGCUGCCAGAGGGUUGGAUUGCGCACUUGGAUCAAAACUCGGGUCAGUACUACUAUAUCCAUCUCGCCACACAGGCGACGCAAUGGGAGUUUCCUAAAGGACCAAACCCGCUAUCGCACGACGUUGCCCCCUUAUCGCCUGUCGGCUCAACGUACGGUAAUCCCAUGGCGUCUCCGUUCUUGGGCGGCAAGCAGUCUAUGGCCUCGCCUGGGCUGUACCCUCCGUCCACUCCGGGAUAUGCAGAGAGUAUAAUGAGUGUCGCAACGGCGACACCAUCAGCAGCAGGCUUCUCAGGACCACCGCCCAGCGCUGGUGUGGAUAUGUACAAGAUUGCCCCGACCAACGGUGUUUACUUCGGGCCAUAUCUGCGCUACACGAACAUGGACGUUGAAAAGGGACUCUGGCUUGGCAGUAUCAUGAUCGUCACAGACGCACCUCAGCCUCCUACGAUCCACUUGCAUUUAAGCGUGGACCUGUCCCCAAACCCACGGCAGCUGACACCACAGUCCAUAUAUACACACCAACGUUGGACUUUUUACAAGUACGAAAUUGAGGUGCAGAUGGGUGAGGGCGCCUCUGAGCGAUGGACAUAUGCGAUCACAUCACACCUGGGGUGUACAAGAUACGAGUUCGUCGUUGCUGGCCGGCAUGAAAAUGGCUGGCGGUUCAUUGCGCACUCGGGAAACGACUUCGCUGUAAGCACAUCGCAAAAUGAGCGAGCCAAGCUUGGUGGCGCAGGUCUUAUGUGGAAGGAUGUGUUGCAGAAGAACGUCGAAUGUGGCGGCUUCCAUGUCCAGCUUGGGCUGGGAGACCAGAUCUACGGAGAUCGUUUAUGGAAAGAGGUCCCUCUGCUCAAGCAGUGGCUUUCCAUGCAAGGCAGGGAAAACCGCAAGAAUGCGCAGUGGACUGCGCGGCACGAGGAAGAUGUUUCCCAUGCCUACUUCCACUAUUAUACCAGCCACUUUGACCAGCCUUUCCUGCGUGAAGCGUUUGCGCAAAUUCCUCAUAUCCUGCAGAUUGAUGACCACGACAUCUUCGAUGGCUUCGGCUCGUAUCCAGCCUACAUGCAACAAUCGGCCAUAUUCAAGAACAUUGGUCGGAUAGCCAUUGAGAUGUACCUGCUCUUCCAGCACCAUACGACUAUCGAAAUCUUGCGCAAUGUCAACCAUGACCUGGAUCUGUUCACAAUUACAGGUACGGGAUGGCAUUUUGUGAAGUAUCUUGGCCCAUCCGUUGUCGUGGUAGGACCGGACCUGCGGUCGGAGAGAAACCAGAACCGCGUCCUAGCCGGCCCUACAUACCAGGGAAUAUUCCCCAAGGUUGCUAUGCUACCACCCUCCGUGCAACAUUGCGUUUGGAUGCUGUCAGUUCCGGUCGUUUACCCGCGUCUCGAUACGGUGGAGACACUGGCAAACACGUUCGCUACUGGCAAGAAGGCAGUCAACUCAACGUACAACCUUCUUGGCAAAGCAACAUCGUCGGUCGCAGGCAUCAUUGGCGGCAAGGAGGUCGUCUCUCAGGGAUUUACGCAAGUGAAGAAGGCGGUCGGCAAGACUGGGCUAAUGGGUAAUGUUUUGAACCAAUUCGGUGAUUUCGAACUGGCCGAUGAGCUCAGGGACCUUUGGACGCAUGAGUCAAAGGAUCUCGAGAGAACAUACUUCAUAAGAACGCUGCAAGGGAUCUCACAGCAGAAGGGUAUUCGGAUGACUUUCUUGUCCGGAGACGUCAACUCGGCCGGCGCAGGCCUGGUGCAUGACCCGUCGCACCCAUCAGACCACAAGACGAUGUACCAGAUCAUCACGUCGCCAAUCGUGGCGUCGCCGUCGAGCAACUACAUCCUCAAGAUGCUACACAACAACAAAUUGCUGUACGUGCCGGCCAACGGGCACAAGUCGACGCACGAGGUGUCAGACACCAAGGAGGACAUGAUGGAGAUCUUCCACACGGACGCGUCCGGGGCGGCGCGCGAGCUCAAGAAGCUCAUCGGCCGGCGCAACUACGCCGCGUGCGUCGUGUACGACCCGGACACGCUCAACAACGGAGCCGGUGGCGUCGGCGGCGCCGGUGGCGCCAGCAACUACGCGCACAGCAUCGCCGGCAGCGGCGGCAGCGGGGGCGGCUCCGGCUCGUCGGCCGGCCUGAGCAAGCUCAGCCUCGCCGUCGACUUUGUCGUGCAGGGCGACGGGCAGUUCACCACGCCGACAAAGUACGGCCCCGUCAUCGUGCCGCACCUGGAGUUUGGGCACUGA